AUGUCGUUGUGUUCGUGUUCCAAGGAAAAUUCGCGACGGAUCAAUGGGGUCACACGCCGGCUGUGUUUGUACGGAGUGCUCCCGCGAGAACAUACUACCACGUCGGGCAAAUGCAAGUUCGGAGACUCCUGCACGUUUUCGCACGACCAGCGGGACGGGAGGCUGCCGGUGUGCAGCUUCUUCGAGAAGAACGGCAGCUGCCGUUACGGCGGCGAUUGCAAGUUCCUUCACGGCAACGGCGGCAACAACGGCGAGGAGCGGCCUGCUUCGACAACGACAACUACCAUCCUUCGGGCGGCCGCGGCCGGCGGCAGCGGCAGCGGCGGAGCAGGAGCAGGAGCAGCAUCAGCGCAGCAACAACAGGAAGCGACAGCCCGCGCGGGUGCUAAAAUCCCCACGCCGGUAGCUGGUGGAGCUCGCAGCGGUGAUGCUGCUGCUGCUGCUGCGGCGGCGGCGGCGGUGGUGGCCGGCGAGGAGUCGCUGGCGGAUUCGACUGAGGACAGGUGCGGGAUAUGCUUGGAGAACAUCCCCGCCAAGGGGAAGCGCUUCGGCCUGCUCAACUGCGACCACGUGUACUGCCUCGAAUGCCUCCGUACGUGGCGCAAGAGCAAAGGUCCCCAGAAGGAUAUCAGCCGCACGUGCCCCGAGUGCCGCAAGGUGUCGUUCUUCCUCGUGCCGUCAAAGGAACACCUCAAGGGGAAGGCCAAGCUGAAGGCCAUCCAGGCCUACAAGAAGGGGCUGUCCAAGCUCCCGUGCAAGUACCACAAGCCAGGCAAGGCCUCCGGCGGCGGAACUACCACCGUAUGCCCGUUCGGCUCGCGCUGCUUCUACGCCCACCUCGACGAGAACGGCAACGACGUAAAGGACCGCGCGACGCCCGCCCCACCCGCGCCUUUGCGCCGCACUUGCCCGUACCUAAGGGCCGGAGGAGGCGGCGGCGGCGGCGGCGGCGGCGGCGGCGGCGGGGCCAGUCGGGGUGGUGGGGCAAACAGGGGCGGCGGUAGGAGUGGCGGCCGUGGCGGAACGGGAGCUGGGGAUCGCGCUGGGCAUGGUCACGGAGCCAGUGGCCGUGUGUUCAGCGAUGUCCAUGUGCUGUACCCCUUCGGCAGAGAUGGCACCACGGCGCGCUUCGCCCCAGACAUCAUGAUGGGCUCACACGGCAGCAGACAGCACAUGUCGGUCAUCAUGCGCCUUCAGCAGCUUAUGCUUGACGCUGCCGCCGCCGAAGACCUCUAAGCUUUUCUCGGGAAGAAGUGAAGACCUUACACGUACGUGAUAUUCCAGGCUUCGGGUUCCUUCUCAUGUUACUUUUUGGGAUAUAGGGUUAGUAUUGUGCUUGUUGAAGACGUUCGGAGCAUCCCACCAAGUUUGCACGGCCUUCCCGAGGAGAGGUGAUGGUAAGGGGGAGAGCAGGAGGGGGGCAAAUGGCCCCUCACCCGUGCGCACGGGAACAGAAGUAGGAAAAAGAGGGGGCGACGGUGACUGUAACGAGGGGGGGGGGUGUCCGUGUUACAUUUUUUUUGUUUUUCCGUGGUUACCUUGGCCGUGUUUCCUUUUGGGUUAAGCCGUCAGAGAUCGUAGUUAUCCCCGCCGAUAUCCGCAUCAUACACGUAUGAUAGCAAAACAACGAAGGGUACCCGCUCGUGUGUUUUUGGAGAAUAUUUUACUGCGGUGCCUUUUCUUACGCCUUGUGUUCGGUCGAGCGUAAGGGCACGUCGCGAAGUACCUGCCGUGGCUUCUUUGUACAUGUCAAUUGUCUCGUUUUUUUAAAAGACCCUUCUCAUGUGUUUGUACUGACUGCUGUUUGCUCGUGCUGUAAGGGCGGCUUGCACACAGCAGUGACGUCGCGUUUUACUUGCCUUUCCUUUCGCUUUUUACUUUUGUUGAAGAUUGUUUUUGAUUGAGCUGGUGGGAAUAAUAGAGAGUUGCUUUUUGUGUGAAGGGGGCAGGGUGAGGAAAUAAUACAUACAGUCUAUAACCGGGACGCCUCUUAGAUCGAGGCCGAGCUACGCUACGCGGUUCAUCGAGUUCGGUUUCUGUCGCUGUUGCGGUGUGGGGGUUCGAGAGCCCCCUCGUUGCAGGCAGUGCCAGCAUCGUCCCAGCGCGGAGUGCACCACACCGCCCGUCGGAACGGGCGGCGGUUGUUGUCGCCCCCAGACAACGGUCAGAGGGGGCGUUCUGUAGGGUGUUCUUUAUGUUUUUUGGAGAGAGCAGCUAGGAUGGGUCCGAGCCGUUGGGCAAGGGGUGGAGAGAGAGUGGCGGGCGUUGAGUUUUUUUUUUUUUUGUGCCGUUUGAUAGAUCAGGCAGGGUGGGUCUCAGCCGUUGCGCAGGGGGGCGGAGGGAGAAGGGCUGGCGCUGUGAAGUGAAUCUUUUUUUUUUUGUGUCGUUUGAGAGAGCAGGUAGGAUGAGUCUGAGCUGUUGGUUGAUUCGUGUGCCACCGCAGCGUCGUCGGUUCGCUCGUUCCAUAUCAGCGUACGGUACUUACCGCAAACCUUGGCGAGCUGAAUUCCAGCAGAAUGAGCAGGCGCGUUGAGUUGCAGCUUCGUCUUGGGAACUAUUGGUAGCAGUAUUCCAACGGGAGCGCGUUUCAUUGUUGUAUACACAAGGGUGGGAAGGGGCACGAAAGCCGCGAUCGCGCUGCUGCGAUGUAUUUUCUAAACCGCUUACGCAAAUAUCUGCGUCACGUGUAGGGUGCAGACGGCGUUCCGUUGGGGUUGAAAGUGUUUUUCUCGCUCUUGACGUGGGGUCGGUCCACUACUGCUAGUAGUAGGCUGUAUGUGUCCAUGCACUGGGUGGGCUGGAGUUAUUGUGUGUUCGGCGCGCGCGCGCGGGGGGGGGGAUUACGAGGUGUAUGUAUGUCGGGGGGGAUUGGCGGCGGGCGAGUAAGACUUGGCACGGUUACCGUUUCGGUCCACCCCGUCUGCGAGGGUAACCCGAGUCGGUGUUGAAAGCGCGUGGAGAGCUCACGGCCGAAGUGGCUUUAGGUGAUAGCGGCGGGUGUAUGUGUGCGGGGAGGCGUGGGGGAGCGGAGCAGGGAGGGGGCAUCAGCAGUAUAAAUAUGGGGUGUAGUUUCAUGGUAUGUAUACGUCGUAAAAUUCCGGAACAGAUAUGUCAUCAAUGAUAUAGAACAAAAGGUUUCAGCACGCUACAGAGCGAGCGCGGAAGCCGUCGUGAGUCUUUUUAGGGGUAUUUCAGUUUGCGUGGCCGUACGCCAAAGCAGAAACGGUCGGUUUUUAGUCUAGGGGGCCGGGGGGGGAGGAUUCGUUGUCGCGGGACAAAGAAUACAAACACGCUUUCUGGUCUGCUGGGUCCCUCACAGGGGGGUCGUGGAGUGUGUGUGGUAGGGUGGCCCAUCUGUUGACAGGAUGGGAAACCUUUGGAAGGCCAAAGGUGGCAGAGGUCACGGUGGCUAGUCACGGCACGCGCUUUCCUCUUUAUGGUUUUAGUUUUAAUGUCCCUGUUUGUUUUUUCGUCUCUGUCUCGUCGUGUGUUUUCUCUCAGAAUUUCCCCUCCUUACGUUUUACGAGACGCUAUUCGUCUAUUCUUUUGUUACAAUGUAGACGUACUCUUCUCCCCCUUCUUCAAUUUAUUUCCCGGGGUUUCUGUUUUUAUCCGGGAGGGCUCCGAGGCAAACCAGGGUUGCCAGUUUCGCUGUUUUUUCGUUCUUUUGAGUGCCAGAGAGCUUGUGGGCGCGUGGGUUUAUCGAGCCAAGCAGAUGGGCGAUCCUGAGGAGGAGGGUCGUAGACCCUUUGCUAUUAUAAGUAGUGAUUCUAGUGAUCUUGAUGAUUGUUUCUAGUCAUGUUGAUGAUUGUUUGUCUCGACCUUGAGGUCAUGUAGCGGGUGGGAAUCCUUGGCCAUCAACUAUCAGCCGCGGCAGUAGUAGCAGUGUCACCGGCACGCUACGGUACCACUUCUUUUCGGGCAGGGCGUACAUGUGUGUGUGUGUGCUUGCGCUACUGCGACGUUUGAUACGUACGGGCAAACACCCACCCACUUUGAUGUUUUUUGUGCGUACAACACCGGCAAGACUUGGAGCAGGUGUUCUUUUGCUCAGGCGUUGGGAAUUUUCAUGCACGUGUUCUUUUUUUGGAGGUCAGGGUUAACCCGCCGUGAACAUGAUCGUGUCCCGCCCACACGGCGCCGGUAGAUUUUAGGUUAUCAAGGGGUUGAUUGAAGCUUUUGGGAAUCGAAUGUAGAGAUAUGGC